AUGGCCGCCGGCAAGCGCGACGACGCGGUCGUCCACACCGGCUUCGAGGGGCGGGUCGACGAGGAGCACCAGGGCGAGGAGGUGGUCGACGGCGUGUUUGGAGAGCAGGGCAAGGGCACUGUCGACUACCGCAGUGUCGGAUGGGUGUCGACGUCGGUCCUCCUCAUGAAGUCGCAGAUCGGCCUGGGCGUCCUCGCCAUCCCGUCCGUCUUCCACUCGCUCGGCCUGAUCCCGGGCAUCAUCUGCCUCAUCGUCAUCGGUGCGCUCACUACGUGGACCGACUUUUAUAUCGGAAUGUUCAAGCUCAAGCACCCGACCGUCUACUCGGUCGCCGACUGCGGUCUCAUCAUGUUCGGGCCCGUUGGGCGUGAGGUCCUUGGCGUCGGAUACUGGCUUCUCAUGACCUGCAUCGCCGGCUCGGCCCUCCUCGGCAUCUCGACCGCGCUCAACGCCAUGUCGCUUCACGCGACCUGCACCGCCGUCUUUGUCGCGGUCGCUGCGGUCGUCACGCUCCCGCUCGCGUCGAUGCGCACCAUGGGCGACAUUCGCUGGAUCGGCUGGGUCGGCCUUGUCUCGAUGAUCGUCUCGAUCAUGCUCGUCACCAUCGCCGUCGCCGUCGGCGGUCGCCCGUCGCUCGCGCCGCAGACUGGCCCUUGGGACAAGGACCUCGUCCUCUUCGGCAACCCGUCGUUCGCCGAGGCGAUGAACGCCAUCAGCAACCUAGUCUUCUCGUACGCCGGCACGAGUGCUUUCCUCCCGAUCGCGUCCGAGAUGCGCAACCAGCGCGACUACCCCAAGGCCGUGGUCCUGUGCCAGUCGUUCGUCACCAUCUUCUACCUCGUCGUCGGCAUCGUCGUCUACUUCUACGCCGGGCAGUACGUCGCGUCGCCUGCUCUCGGCACCGCCGGCGUCCUCAUCAAGCGCGUCGCCUACGGUCUCGCUCUUCCCGGCCUCUUUGCCGCCGCCAUCAUCUACAGCCACCUGCCCGCCAAGUGGAUUUUCGUCCGGAUCCUUCGCGGCUCGCGCCACCUCACGCACCCGACCAAGACGCACUGGAUCGUCUGGCUCAGCUGCACCCUCGGCUGCGUCCUGUUCUCGUACGUGAUCGCGUCGGCCAUCCCGGUCUUUGGCGGCCUCGUCGGCCUCGUCGGAGCGCUCUUCGGCACCCUCGUCACGCUCCAAGCCGAGGCCUGCAUGUGGUUCUACGACAACUGGCGCACGCAGAAGCGCACCAUGUCGUUCUGGCUACUCGUCGCCUUGAACGCAUUCAUCUUCUGGGCGGGCAACUUCAUCAUGGUCGGCGGCACGUACGGCAGCAUCGUGUCGAUCAAGGACGACUACGCGGCGAACGGCGGCCGGCCGUGGACCUGCGUCGACAACUCGGGCUCUGUCUAGAUCUCCCUCCCCCCCUCGCUAGAGUAGACGCACCUCGUACACGCACAGAGACCUCUCGAGACGUUCUUAACCCUUCAGUACUUGUAGUAACGCAGCACCUCGAUUCUCCCACAUCCUCUCGCUUUCCU